AUGAUGCCUAGCACAGCCAUGGGGGGAGAGCUGCAGGUUCGCCAUCGACUCUCGACCACUUCAACCUCUUUCCAUACUCCGGUGGUUACGAAACUAAGGCGGUGCUUCGGCCUCGUCUCUUCCCAGUCAUCAUCAUCCACCUAUCAUUGUCUUUGUAACCUCGCCUCGGCCUCCACAUGUCACUAUCCACAUGUGAUGCCCGCUGGCGAGAAGGGCUGCCCGCAUAUCCCACGCCAGGCGGAUCCCUACGAGCGGGUACAAGGUGGAGCGCUGAUGCUCCCGGGCAAUUCUUGGUUCAUCCGCCGGAGUCCGGAUAUUCCACUGCCAUUCAUCCUCGCCGGAGUCAUAGCCUCCGGGUUAUAUGCAAUGACUGAAGCAUUCAAUCACUCAGUCCCGCCUGGGCGCGCCGCGACCACUUGUCAUUGGGGUUUCGGUGAGUCCCGGUUAUCUAUUGCGCGGGUCUCGAUAGCCACGGCUACUGUCGAUGAUACAUCGCUGCUGCCUGCGAAGCGUCUACGAAUGGCCACUGAUGCCGGCUGGCGCAGUGUUGAAGAGAUUGCAUGGCUGAAUGGAACACAAUCCGUGUUGAAAGGAAAUAUGUAA